AAGGAGGGGACGUUAACUGAACAAACCUGGCAACCCCGGCUGCCGGUUUUAUCAGUUGCUACUGAGGGGAAGAUGGUGGACUUGGCGACUACAGCGUGCUCAAAACUCCGUCCUAAACGCUUUGAAAAAUACUUACCAUCUCACCCUAGUAUUAGAUAUAGAUUACCCGGGGACAAUCAUAGAUAAUACACCGGGGCAGCUGCUGAAGACAGCCACUUUUCCGCCGACGGACAACUCUUUAUUCAUAGACUGAAGAAAGCGAAAAGUUACGGAACGUGGUGUUGGUUGGUGUUCGUAACGGAGGCUAGCCAGCGAUAACCAAAGCGUCAACACGAAAGAAGGUGGCUUAAGAACAACAAACAAAAAAACCCAAACCCUUGUAAUUACGGACAGGCUUCUGUUGCUGCUGUUUUCACGCCCGUCGUUCAAAUCCUUAGGCUAGCUAACCUCAGCUAGCUUUGUUGUGAAGCGGAGGAUCAAAGCUGCUGGAAAUGCCGCGGAGUAAGACGGGGAAACGUGGCUCCGGUAAGCCGGGCUCUCUCCGUCAGGAGGUUCUUCAGCUGCACCUGUCGACUAAGGCGUCACUCAAAGGUGCUAAAAAUGGAGUAAAGGGAGAGGCGGCAGCCAGCGAUGACGAGCUGACGUCGGACAUUCUCAGCCACUACAGCAGUGCCAGCGAGAGCACCUCGGUGCUGGAAGAGGGCACGGGAAGUGAGCAGGUGGAUGAGCAAACUGCCCAGGAAGAAACAGAAGACAAACUCAAACUGUGUAUAGACAACCUGACUGAUAAGAGUGCAAAGACUCGUCUAGCAGCUCUUGAGUCGUUGCGACAGGCCUUCUCCUCCAGAGUGCUGUAUGACUUCCUGACAGAGAGGCGCCUCACCAUCAGCGACUGCCUGGAAAGGAGCCUCAGAAAAGGCAGUGGCGAGGAGAAGGCGGCGUCGGCCACGGUUUUUGCUCUGCUCUGCAUUCAGCUAGGGGGCGGAGACGAGGCGGAGGAGGGCUUCAAAAUGCUUCGCCCGCUUCUCACGGCCACCUUGAGUGACAGCAGUGCCAGCAUAGCAGCUCGCCAGAGUUGUGCUAGGACUCUGGGGAUGUGCUGCUAUGUCUCAUCUGCUGAAGAUGGAGAGGACUUAAUCAAGUCAUUGGCUCUAUUGGAGAGUGUGUUCAUGUCUUCGUACCCGAAUGGAGAGGGAGUUCUGCCCACACCGAAACCUGGAAGUCCAGGUCUGCACACUGCUGCCCUGCAGGCCUGGUCACUGUUGGUCACCAUCUGUCCCACUUCUAGACUGACUGUGCUGCUCAGCCAUCACCUCCCUAAACUACAGACGUGUCUUCAGAGCAGCGAUGUGAACUACAGAAUCGCGGUAGGAGAGACCAUCGCGCUGCUGGUGGAGCUGGGGCGAGAGAUAGACGAGGAGUUUGAGGUGGAGGACGGUGAAAGUCUGUGUGAAUGCCUGAAGAGUUUGGCUACAGACGGCAACAAGCACAGAGCCAAGAACGACAGAAGGAAACAACGCUCCAUCUUCAGAGAGGUGCUGCAUUACAUAGAGAACGAGGACUUCACAGAAGAGAAAAUCAGGUUUGGAGUGGAGAACGUUUACAUUGACAGCUGGGUGAGGAGAAGGAUCUACGACGCCUUCAAAGAGAUCCUCGAGUCUGGAGUCAGACACCAUCUUCAGUUCAACCAACUACUGAGAGACAUCUUUGGCCUUGGCCCACCACUCAUCCUGGACGCUGCGGUCAAAGGCAACAAGAUCUCACGGUUUGAGAAGCAUCUUUUCAACUCGGCUGCCUUCAAAGCCAGAACUAAACAGAGGAACAAGGUCCGGGACAAACGUGCCGAUGUCAUGUAAGAGGCCACAAUGAAGAAACCAAGGAACUCCUUUCAUGGAUACAACGUGAUGCCUUCAGCUCUUCACAAGCAUACACUCAGCAAACAGGGUUCUUUUGUUUUUGUUUUUUUCCACUUGUGCUCUUCACAUGCCGUGUCAUUCUCCAAAUUUAAGGCGGCCAGCGUUUAUUCUCAGUUUGCAGAGAAUAAGUCCCGAUGUUCUCUCAAAGCAGGUGCCAGCUUUGCUGCCAUAGCAUUUCUGAUUCUCCACAGUGAACAUGAGCUGUGAAACAAAGCAAAACUUCCUUUCAGUGGGAUUAAAACGACUCAAUUCAGUGCAAAUACAGAGGAAAAGGUAAAAUCUCACUUGCAGAAUCACACAGUCAGUUCAAUCUGUUUCCCUGUCAUGUGACAGGUGAGGCAGGUAUUUUACAUUUUGAUGCCUGUGGUCCUAUUUAAUAUCUUAACCUAUUCAAGAAUGAACUGAUGUUAAAAGAGCCAAGGACGUAUUCUGGAAAAACACUGCCUCGCUACAUUUCAGCUGCCAAACCAGAAACUGACUUUACAAACAAUGCAACCUAAAGGAAAAUGUGUGUGGUGUUUGUGUGGGGGUGUUUUUUAUUGGAAAUUAAUUCAACCAUGAAAAUUAAAAAGAAAAAAGGAAAAAAAAUCAAAUAAGAGGUAAUAUUGUCAUGUUUGUAUUCAUAUUUUUUGGGAGUUGUAUUUCAUUUUAACCAUUUAUAGUGAAGAAUUGUAUUUUAAUAAUAAUUUAUUAAAGGGGACAUAAUGUGUGUGGUUUUUUAAGACUUAAAAAAAUACUACAACUUGUUUACAGACAGAAUUAUUGGAUAAACGUGGUAAAAUGAAUCUGCUGCCUUCUUUUUUUUUUUUCUCGUAUUUUUGUUGCAGGUUGGUGACUCAUACCAUCUAUCCAUGUGUAUGUACUGUAGAUAAAGGGAAGAUUGGGGUUUAUGGAGAUACGUGUUUAUAAAAUGUUGGAUGAUAACAUACACACCACUAAUCAGAGCUGCUGAUCAGAUGAGUUUGGCUUUUAGGUUUACACUUUUGUGAAGGGUCAAAUCCAACAGGUUUGACCCCUCACCCUGGAUAAAAGUUAUGAUCUCACCAAACUGUCUUAUCGGUGCUUCUGGACAAAAGAUUGAAUAAAGAGAAUUUAAGCACA